AUGCCUCAUGGUGAUUUCAAGCCAACCUUUUACAACCCUUUCGAAAUAAAGCAUCGACGACGCACUUCUAGAGCUCAAUUCAAAGUCCUGGAGCGAACUUUCAUGGAAAAUCCAAAGCCAAGUGCUGCCGUUCGUCGAAUCUUGGCCCAGAAAUUAAACAUGACUCCUCGUGGCGUUCAGGUGUGGUUUCAAAAUCGCAGAGCAAAGGCUAAG